AAAAUAUUUAUUGCUAUAAUUUUGUUAAAUUUAUAAACAAUUAUAUAAUUAGAGAUUUUAAUUGAUAUAUGCAAAAGUAAUAAAUUAUUCAAAGAUGAAAUUGUUGUCAUGUCUUUACAACGUUUGUCAUCUAAUUGACUGAAAAGUUAUAUUAAAUAAAAAAAAAUUUAAAUAUUAUUUGAAAAUCCGAUAUAAACCGAUUGGAAGUACUUUUAUAGAGAUGUCAAGUAUAUGUGCGGUCAGUGCUCUUGUAUUUCCUACUAAUAAAAGCAAUAACGAUAUUAAUGGCGAUAAUAUCAAUGAGAUUAAACAUAAAAGCAUUGACAAUGUAAAUGACAAUCAUAGCAAUCAUUCAAACGAUAGUCAAGAAAUCAUCAAUAAUUUGAAAUUAAUACGCGAGAAGAUUGAAGUAAAUGGCAUUAAUGGUAAAGAAAAAGACAUCAACGGUAGUACUACUAAUGGUAAUAGUAAUAGUCCAGUCAAUAGUGAUGAUUAUCCGAAGUUAGAUCGCAAAUCACUUCAGUUAAACAUAAAUUUAGCCAAAGAUGUGGUCGACGGUAGCAAUGAUUGUGAGAUUUACAGCGAGGUCUCGACAUUGUCGUCAUCACCGGUCGCAUCACCUGACAAUUACUCAAUGGGUCAGUCAGUUAUAAAUCAAGCCCUAUUGGAUCAAAAAUUUUCAAAAUUAAGUUUCACUGAUUUUAAUCGGUAUGAAUCACCAAUGAUUCACAUCAAUGGCAGUUUUGACGAAGACGAAGAAUUCUGUGAUGUCAUUCGGGCUCCACUUAUAAGGAGUACAUCUCUUAAGACCGGAAAGACUCCUCCGAGUACUCCACACAAGAAGAAAAUUGUCAGAUUUGCCGACGCUUUGGGUCUCAAUCUGGAGUCUGUAAGACAUAUCAUAUCAGACGAUCUGCCAAAUGUUCCGAAGUCAGCCUUUGGUCUUCUCAAGACUAAUGAUUUUCGAUUAAACCCAUCAAAUGGUGUGAAUGAUACGAAAGCUGUUCCCUGGUAUAUGCAGAAGUCAAGCAAUACAAAUGCGACAUCAGUUAGUCGGCCAAACCUCAUAUUAGAGUUCAUACAACCGUCUUCUCUCCUCAACUUCUUAGACAGAAUUCGCAACAAUAAGGUCUGUCUCGAGAACUGUAUGGUAUCUAACAAUGCCGGCAAUCUUAGCAUUACUUGUAUUAUACGAGUAUUGAACAUCUCAUUUGAGAAGUCCGUCACAUUAAGGUAUACAACAAAUGAAUGGCUCACUCAUAACGAAGCUCUGGCCUCUUAUAUAUCCAAUUCAUGCGAUGGCUUUAGCGAUAAAUUUUCGGUAACUUUCAGUGUCAGCGCUGGUGGUUAUUAUCUAUCGCCCGGACAAAGAUUAUUGUUUGCCCUUAAAUAUAACGCCAACACUGAUGAAUACUGGGAUAAUAAUAUGGGUCUUAAUUAUUCACUUAUAUAUCGGCCCUAAAAAGCGGUUUUUGCAAUAAUAAUUAUUUUUUAGUCACAUUUAAGUUAGAUUUUAACUUUACGAUUAUUUUUUUAAAAAUUAAAUCCCUGUAAAUA